ACAAUUGAAUAUUAUUUGAUAAAAGUGACGGAAACAUUAGUUUGACAACGAGUAAACGAGCAAGAAAUUAACUUUCUACAACUGAUCAAGUGUGUGCCACCACAGUGUUGCCAGCGACCGAGCCGAACGAGCGUGCAUCUCCAAGUUCUGAAAUAAUUUCUACGCCACAGUAGUUAACAAUUUAUAUUAGUACAAAAACAAUAUUUGUUUUUGAACAAUAAAUUUAUUAAUUUAGUCAAAUAAAGCAAAACAAGAAAAAAAUUCAAUAAAGUGCAGAAAAAGGCAAAGUAAAAUCGCAAAACGUAACGGAGCAAAUAACAGUCGAAAGCAGCAGUUGGAGCAAAAAGCUCGUUUUGUACAGUGUGAAGCGCAAUUAGUUUCUUAUAAGAAUUUAUAUAGAAAGCACCAACUCAGCAAAGCAAAAGCAGCUUAAACCAAAUCCAAAACCAAGAAAAUCAACCAAAACCAAUUAACGCAAAAUACCACAAAUUUUUCUUUUUGUAGAAAACUUUAACAAAUAAAACAAACACAAAAAUGGCAGAUGCACCAAGCGAUAACCCAAUCUAUGGACCCUUCUUCGGUGUUAUGGGAGCAGCCUCAGCCAUUAUUUUCAGUGCUUUGGGAGCCGCCUAUGGAACAGCCAAAUCAGGAACUGGUAUUGCCGCUAUGUCGGUGAUGAGACCAGAAUUGAUCAUGAAAUCCAUCAUUCCCGUUGUCAUGGCUGGUAUUAUUGCCAUUUACGGUUUGGUCGUAGCUGUGCUUAUUGCUGGUGCUCUGGAUGAACCAUCUAAAUAUUCACUGUAUAAGGGCUUCAUACAUUUGGGUGCCGGUUUAGCUGUUGGUUUCUCCGGCUUAGCUGCAGGCUUUGCGAUCGGUAUUGUUGGUGAUGCUGGUGUAAGAGGUACAGCACAACAGCCUCGCCUCUUCGUCGGCAUGAUUUUGAUUCUCAUUUUCGCUGAAGUAUUGGGUCUGUACGGUCUCAUUGUUGCCAUCUAUCUGUACACAAAAUAAAUCAAACAAACUGCAGCAACAAUCAUACAAAACGCAGUAAAAUAUAUAUUAAAAAUAUUACAACAGCAACAAUAAAUACAACAAGAUCAACAAAAAGAAAGACAAAAACAAUCGCAACAAAAGGAUAAAGAAUAGUCAAAAUUUAGGAAAUAUAUUUGAUUUUGUUUUGAAAUAUUACAACACAUAAAAUAAAGGAAAAAGAGGGAAUUUAUAGUAACAAUACAACCUACAACUUA